AUGGAGAACUCCACAGUAACAGCUCCAGGCUUUGUCCUUGCUGACUAUGCUGUUUUUGCACUGAUGUUGUUCAUUUCCAUGGUCAUAGGUCUCUUCCAGGGUCUGAAAAAGAGUGAUGGAGAGACAAAGGUGAAUGAUUUUUUCACAGGUGGACAACAAAUGUCUGCAGUGCCCAUAGGACUAUCACUUUGUGCCAGUUUCAUGUCUGCUGUGCAGGUGCUUGGAGUGCCAUCAGAGGCAUAUCGCUAUGGCCUAAAGUUUCUUUACAUGUGCUUGGGUCAGAGCUUCAGCUCACUCCUUACUGCAUGCUUGUUUCUUCCACUGUUCUACCGACUAAGAAUCACCAGCACCAACCAGUACCUCCAACUGAGGUUUGGCAGAAACAUGCAACUUCUGGGAAGUGUCCAAUUUCUGGUGGCAACAUUGCUAUACACUGGAAUAGUGAUAUAUGCUCCUGCUGUCAUACUGAACCAAGCCACUGGACUCAACAUGUGGGCUUCUAUAUUCUCUACUGGGACUAUCUGCACUCUGUACACCACACUGGGUGGCAUGAAGGCAGUUGUGUGGACAGAUACAUUCCAAAUCAUUGUCAUGUUCUCUGGCUUUUUGGCAGUCUUCAUACAAGGCACAGUCUUAGUUGGUGGACCAGCCAAGGUUUUGGAGAUAGCCAAUAAUGGAUCACGCAUUAAUUUCAAUGAUUUUGAGCUGGACCCUAGAAGGCGCUACACCUUCUGGAGCUUCACAGUAGGGGGAACAAUGUUGUGGCUUUCCAUGUAUGGUGUAAACCAGGCCCAGGUACAACGGUACAUUUCAUGCAAGACUGAACAAGUGGCCAAGUGGGCUCUGCUUGUGAACCAGGUGGGCCUUUGUCUCAUUGUGAGCAGUGCUGCCGCCUGUGGGAUUGUCAUGUUUGCUUUGUACUCACACUGUGACCCGCUGAUGGGGGAAAAGAUCUCCUCCCCGGAUCAGUACAUGCCCUACUUAGUUCUGGACAUCUUUGAAGACUAUCCUGGUAUUCCCGGUCUCUUCCUAGCAUGUGCAUAUAGCGGGACCUUAAGCACGGCUUCAACUAGUAUCAAUGCCAUGGCAGCUGUAACUGUGGAGGACCUGCUGAAGCCACGUUUUGCUGACAUAUCUCAGAAGAGGCUAAUGCUAAUCUCCAAAGCUCUAUCUUUGACAUAUGGAACUGGGUGCAUCACAGUAGCUGUUUUGGCUACCCUUUUAGAUUGGGGGGUUCUUCAGGGCUCUUUUACAGUCAUGGGUGUCGUCAGCGGCCCACUCCUAGGGGUUUUUAUUCUCGGGAUGUUUGUGCCUGCCACCAAUAAAACAGGAGCGUUCACUGGAGUGUCUGUGGGGUUUGGCCUUUCAUUAUGGAUUGCCGUUGGAUCCACAAUGUAUCCUCCUAGUCACAACACAAUGGGAGUUCUUCCGAACUACCUACAGCAGUGUCAGCCAAGCAAUAUCUCAUUCAACAACAUGAUACUUGAUUCCCAUAGGUAAGGGAUAAUAUUAAAUGCAUCAGAGAAACGACAUGUAUAUUUCCUCAUUACCUGGUAGUCAGAUGUUUGCAAUAUUGUGUCUCACAGACUCACAGGCCUAAGCAACUUCUACGCCAUGUCCUACCUCUACUUUGGUGCCCUUGGGACAAGUUCAACAGUGCUUGUAGGACUUGUGAUUAGCCUGGUCACAGGACCCACGAAAAGGACAGGCAUCAGUCCUGGGCUGCUGUGGUGGGACCUGAAGCAGCAAAAUGCAGACAUCACUUCCCAGAGGACAGUAAGUGUCUAAAUGUCAUUUCAGGAGUAUUACUGCAAGUCUAGUAGAAAUCCAUGAUUAUAUUUCUUACCUUUCUUU